AUGACUGAACUUUUUGACUACAUUAAAAAGCUGAAAGAAUUGGAUUCCCUGAAGGAUGAGCUGAGGUCGCUAAAGAGUCGCCAAGAUGAAGAGAUUCCUGUUUCAAUUGAAAGACCAACCAAAGAGCUACAAGAUCUUGUUAAUCUUUUGUCCAGUUUCAAUGGUAAGUCAGUUGGACAAAGUGGACUUGGUGUAACUAAAGGUUAUAAAACAGCGAUUAAAUAUUUCACUAUGGCUUCUCAAUCUGGUCAUGUCUUAGGGUUUUACAACUUGGCUCAAAUUCAUGCAUCGGGAACUGGAAUCUUAAGAUCUUCUCGUACAUCAUUUGGAACAUCAUCAUCACAAUCAACAUUUAAAACACCCAAUCCCGCCAAUAGAAGCGCGGGAAGUGUUCGUAAUCCAACAAGACCAACAAUACCUGGAGUUCGUCGUGACGGUGGAAUUAAAUUAUUGGAUAUCGGUGAACAACCAUUAGGACGAGAUGCUAAACGUAAGAAACGUAAUCAAGAAGAACAAGAAGCGAAACAAAAAGAAAAUGACAAAACAAAUGGACAACAAGAUUCAACAGCGACUCCUGAUUAUGCUUUGGGUCUCACAUCAAUGGUCCCUCCAAGUCCUGCCCCAGCUUAUUCAGUUCCACCAACACCCGGUCCAUAUUUAGGUGAAACCUCAGCAACAUCAACAUCAACGUCAACAUCAAUACCGACCACACCAACUACUCCGACUACUCCAACGACACCAACAUUAUCGUCAAUAAUCACUAAAACAAAAGAAAUUAAAGAAGAACCUAAACCAUCAAGUUCUAGUUCAUCACCAACAAAGAUAAAAUCAGAAGUCGAAACAAUAUCAUCAAUACCAAUGAAUGAAACAAUUAUUCCAUCAACCUCAACCUCAUCUUCAUCUUCAUCUUUAUCUACUCCAUCCACAAUUGUACCAAAUCCACAAGUUUCUCCUACAAAAACUCAAUCAAAUUCCGUUCAAAUCACAAUUGUACCAAACAGAACACUAGGUCAACAAUCAACUACAAUCGUACAGUCAGCUAAUCAACAGGUGAUCCAACAGGUCCAAAGAUCUGUUAUUCAACAAUCCACUACAUCAAUUACACCAGUGGCCGCAGCUACUCCUAUGGUAUCAACAACACCAACUUCUGGUCUAACACUAACACCAGCACCAUCAACAACACCAACAACAAACACAACAGCUCCUAGAUUACAAUUAUCCCAGAGACAGAUAAUGGAAGCUCAAGAGCUAUUUAAGAACUCAAAUUCGGUUGGUAAAGUGGAAAAAGCUUUAAUAUUAAGUUUCAUGGGAGGAUCACGAGAAAAUCCUUGUCCACAUUUAGGUGAUAUUGUUACAAUUAAAUUAAGCGAAAAAGCUGAACAACUCCGCCAACCUGAUGGAACAAUAAUCAAUGUUAUCGCCGAAAAUCAUUAUCAAAUGAAUUAUAGUUCAGGAGAAGCUAAACAAAUCAAAAGAUUACGAAGAGCUCAAUAAUCUUCACUAAUUGUCAAUUUUAUUAAAUGUACAAAAAUAAAAAAUAAUCACAAAUAUA